AGGUGAAGGUGAAGAUGAAGCUGAAGCAAUUAGAAAGUUAUCUUGGUUCUCUUGAACAAUUCUCAACCCCAAAGAUUGAACUAGAACAAUAUCCUACUGGAGCCCACAUUGCUUCUCGUAUGCUUUACACUGCUGAGAAUUCAUUUGAGGAUGUGAACAGUAAGGUGGUUGCAGAUUUUGGAUGUGGUUGUGGUACAUUAGGCCUUGCAGCUGGUCUUUUGGGAGCUGAAAGUGUUAUUGGGCUUGAUAUUGAUGCCGAGUCUCUUGAGAUUGCAUAUGCAAAUGCCGAUGAGCUUGAGCUAGACAUGGAUUUUAUUCAAUGCGACAUCAGCAACUUAAAAUGGAGAGGUCAGAUUGUUGAAACUGUGGUUAUGAAUCCACCUUUUGGAACACGGAGGAAAGGUGCUGACAUGGACUUCCUCUCUUCGGCAAUGAAGGUUGCUUCUCAAGCAGUUUAUUCCUUACAUAAAACCACAACUAGAGAACAUGUGAAAAGAGCAGCCUUGCGAGAUUAUAAUGCAAGAAGUGCUGAAGUUAUAUGUGAGCUUCGGUAUGAUGUGCCAAAACUGUACAAAUUUCACAAGAAAAAGGAGGUUGACAUUGCUGUGGACCUGUGGCGUUUUGUUCCUCAAAGAAAGCAAGAAAGAUCUCUCUAGUAUUAUAAAAAUAACAAGUAUACAGAGAUGAUGAUGCAUGUAAAAUUAAGGACACCCCAUUUCUGAACGGGAGCAGGAUGGAU